UUUUUUUUUCUUUUCUUUUCUUUCUCUUACUUUAUUAUUUAAAUAAAAUGAAUAAUUAUGAUGAUCACAGUAAUAGUGUGUUUAUCUUCAACAGACUAUCUUGUCUUUCAUUAGGACAUAAAGGGAAACAGUUUGGCAUUUAUUUUGCGGGAAUGUUGUUUGCUUUGGGUUGGUGGAGCUUCAUUGAUGGUCUUGCUAUACUUUGGAAUUUACAAGAUCGACUUGUUUCUCCUGGUAUAGAAGACUGGGCACCAGGUAUCAUUACAACUUUGGGUAUGAUUAUUAUAAAUUUGAUUGAUAAAGAAACAUUGAAAGGAGGGUAUAGUGGAUUUAAUGAUGAAUUUAUGUGGAGGGCAAGACUAAUUCUAUUCUUGGGAUUUGCAAUGAUGGCUGGUGGAUUGUCAGGAUCAGUGGCAGUUUUAGUUACAAAAUAUAUUUACAAUGAAAAUCUACUAGAUAUAUGGAAUAUUUAUUUAGGUAUAACAGAUGUUAUUCAAUGUCUAUUCAUUAUGCUUAGUACUGCUAUAUUAUGGUUCGUACAGAGUGCUUAUCAUGAAAAUGAUUUUAGACUUUACUAAUAAAACUGGACAAGAUGGAUGAAUGCAUGCAUAAUAUGUCACUUUCUUCUUAAUUUACAUAGUUCCUGAUCAUCAACAUCAACUAUUAUUUAUAUACAUUUCUUUAAUAGCAAAGUAUACUAUAUACAUCUAUAUUUACAACACUUUAGUUAUUCAUCAUACUUGUAUAUAUAAAAAGAAGGAUUCUAUCGUUACAAUGUCAUUUCAGUUAUUUUACUUGAUUUUUUAAAUGAAUGUAUUGUCUACUAAGCUAAGCUGGGACGGUUUCGUGACUUUGAGUUUUAGCAGCUCUUUGUAGUGCG